AUGCUGUGCCUUGAAGGUGUGGAUGAGGAUGUGUGUGUUCGCGUGUGGCAGGGGGACCCCGGCGCGGGCGUGGACGCCUUCUUCCACGCGCUGUACACGCGGCACGGCGACGCGCGCCCGCUCGCGCUUCUCGGCAGCGCCUCCUCCGACGUCACCGAGAGCCUCGCCAAGGUGGCGCCCUACUGGAACAUGCUGCAGGUUAAAGUGGAUAUUGCACCUCUCAUAUUAGAAUUCAAAGAUUUACAAAUGUCUAAGAAUUGGUGCCAACUUGAUUAA